AUGGAAGGUUUCAUCCAAGUUAAUCCAAACAAUCAUCUUGUUAAAAUGGAGCCUUGCGAUUGUUUACACUUCGACUGCGUAUCGAAAUACGAAUAUCCAAUUAAAAAUUUGGAAAUUACAAUUAGAUCUAUGUUUCAUAACAUAAAUAUGAUUAACAAAGAAGUAACAAUAUUGAUCGACAGUAUUAAUCAAGUGAUGAAAGGAGUUACGGAUGACGAGUUCAUCAAAUUACAAUUCGAUUGGGCGCAAGCGAAAUUUGGCUCUGGAUGUGCUAGUGCCAACUUAUUUUUAAAUCUUAAAUGUAUUGAAAAUUGUAAUACAGCAAAAACCAUUUUAAAGAAUAAUCAAGAGAAUAAAAUCUUUCAACGAUAUUUAUUGUGGAAGCAGAAAUAUGCUAAAGUUAUACAAAAGUUUCUUUCGCUGGACGAAGGCAUUGUCAAGUCAUAUAAAGGUCAGGUUAUAGUUGAAUUUUUUAGAUUCGAGAAUUACAAGAAUGAACGUAUUGAAAAUGACAAAAAGUAUGAGCUUCUCAUAAGAGAAUGUCUCCUACGAAGAGCUAUAUCGUCUGGGUUUAUGAUUUAA